CUCUAUUUCCCUAAGAGUGAGAGCUAGUUUGAUGGGCUACUAAUGUUUUACCAAGAAAAGUCACCCUGCAUCUGGAAGAGUCAUUGUUCCACAAUACACAAGCUUUAUCGGACACACACCAAUUUCAGGACCAAAUGCGAACUUGAACAGCUAAUCUCAGCUCAGUUCAAAUUCAUACCCGUGUUGCAAAGAACUCAUCGCAUACAUUGUAUGUGCUCAUAUACCCAUGGCUUAAACGCCCUCAACUGUGUUAAAGAAUGUCGGGGAAAAGACGUCUUUUGGGCCUGAUCCUCUUAGUGAUCGCCUCUUAUUUCGGAUUACCAUUGUGGGCUCUCAUCACACUCGCAGUAUUGAUACUGAUCGUUGUGUUCUUGGUGAUUCCGUCCAUAUUUCAUUGGAGCUUCACUGUUCAACGUCAUAUGAUCUUUUUACCUUGGGUGAAGUGGCCCAAAUUAGUCGAUUUCGAUCAUCCGGAGGAGCAAGGUUUGGAAGGGACCAUCAAUUUUUAUCUGGAAAGUGAAGAGGGGAUCAAAGUUGGAGUGUGGCAUGUAUUACCCAUGUCGAUGUUGCAUCAAUCAGCAAAUCAGAAUUUAGAGUGGUACCAAAAGUCAUUGGGUCAAGGUCAGCCAGUGGUGAUCUACAUGCAUGGAAACACAGGUUCCAGGGCUCGGGAUCAUCGGAUAUCUAUGUAUCAAGUCCUUCGAAAGUUGGGAUACCACAUCAUUUGUUUUGAUUAUCGAGGAUAUGCGGAUUCAAGUCCGGUCAUGCCUACCAAACGGGGAGUGAUCCAAGACGGCAAAACCGUCAUCCGUUAUGUCCGAAAUCAUUGCGGCUCCGUACCCAUCAUUAUUUGGGGUCAUUCCUUGGGAUCUUCUGUUUCCACACACAUAGUGUCUGAUUUGUCCGUGGAGGGCAACCCGCCUCAAGCUCUGAUCUUGGAGUCACCUUUCAACAAUAUUAAAGACGAGAUCCGCGCCCAUCCGAUGACUUGGAUUUGGCGAAAGAUGCCCAUGUUUGACUGGUUCUUCACCGGAACAUUGGACCAUAGUGACGUUGGCUUCCAGUCAGAUCAAUGCAUUCAGCACAUUCAUGUUCCUCUAUUAAUCCUGCAUGCUAAGGACGAUCUUGUAAUACCGUUCCACCUGGGCAAAAAGCUGUAUCAAAGAGCUCAGGAAACGCGAUUGAGUCACAGUAAACCGGUAAAGAUGAUCUCAUUCGAAGAGAGCGAUGGAUUUGCUCACAUCUUUAUUCAUACUUCUCCGGAAGUUCCGAAACUUGUAAGCGAGUUUAUUAAGGAUUCAUUGCAUCUUUAAUGGUCCUUGAAAACAACUCUGUGAUGAUUACUAGUCUAAGAGACUGAUGUUUGAAGCCGGUAUACUGUAUUUGCCUUUACCUUCAAGCACAAUACAUACUUUAUGCAUUUAAGUGUAAACGUGUCGACAAUAAAUGGUGCAUCCUCAUACCAAA